AUGAAGGCCUCCUCAUUCCUCUCGCUGCUGGCCUUGGCUAUCAUGACCUUCAUGAUGCUGGGCACCACCGCCCUCCCCGGUGGCCACCCCCUCGAGAACCGGGGUUUGGAACUUGACGCCAAGAAGAAGCACAGCGCGGCCAACCCGCCAAAUACCGGCUGGGUCCUAAAAUGGUGCAAAUACACGGCGCCCAUGAUCUUCCACCAUGUGCCGGACUACCCGCUCGGCUUCCCGCUCAAGCCGGCCUGUCAACGCCACGAUUUUGCGUACCGGAACUACCAGGCUCAGUACCGCUUUACGCCGCAUGCCAGAAUGUGGAUCGACCAGAACUUCUUGAAGGAGGAUAUUUGGGCGAACUUAUACUUUUGGGGAGUCUGGACUUUUUACAAGCACCACAAGCAGUACCGGGAGGAUGCUCCUAAGGCCAAGGCCAGAUCGGUGGACGCCAUUACAUCUGAGAAGGCUUCUUCUCAACUGGCGCAUGUUUUUGACUGGAUGGAACCUGGUGAAGCGAGGGGCGCUGCUAACGAACGCCUUUCUCAAGAAAAGAUGAGAGAGCACUACGAUCGUGCUCUAGAGCGUGCGAAGAAGUCCCUGGCAGAAGCUGGGGUGAAGACAUCUCGUUUGGCUGAGCCGCUUGGAGGUUGCCACUGA